CUGCUCGUGGCCUGCGCGAAGAAGAGGCGAAAUUGAAGGCCGAGAAAACCCGGCUGGCCCGUGGGGAGGGGGGUUAGGACGGAGCAGGGGGCUGUGUGAUUCUGAAAAGUUGCAUUUGAAGGAAAGGCGCUUUCCUUGGAGGGCUACUCAGAAGUCUGAGGAAAGAACAUGGAGCGCUUGGCAUCUUUCAGCAGCUUCACAGAUGAUCCUUUCGACAAGCCCCCCUGCCGAGGGUGUUCCUCCUACCUUACGGAACCGUACAUCAAGUGUGCAGAAUGUGGGCCUCCACCUUUCCUGUUGUGUUUGCAGUGUUUUACAAGAGGAUUUGAAUAUAAGAAACAUCACAACAAUCACACCUAUGAAAUUAUGACCUCCAAUUUCCCAGUCCUUGAUCCUACCUGGACAGCUUUGGAAGAAAUGGCUCUUCUAGAAGCUGUGAUGGACUGUGGCUUUGGGAACUGGCAGGAUGUAGCUAACCAGAUGAGCACAAAGACUAAAGAGGAGUGUGAGAAACAUUACAUGAAACACUUCAUCAACAACCCCCUGUUUGCUUCCACGUUGUUAAGUCUGAAGCAGGCAGAAGAGAACCAGCUAACUGACACAGCCAUUCCUUUUUGCUCAACUGAAGAGCCUCCACGACCUACCUUCGAUUCUCUGCUCUCCAGAGAUAUGGCCGGAUACAUGCCAGCAAGAGCAGACUUCAUUGAGGAGUUUGACAACUAUGCUGAAUGGGACUUAAGGGAUAUAGAUUUUGUGGAGGAUGACUCAGAUCUUUUACAUGCUUUGAAGAUCGCGGUAGUAGAUAUCUAUCACUCUAGGUUAAAAGAAAGGCAACGGAGGAAAAAAAUUAUAAGAGACCACGGACUCAUCAAUCUCAGAAAGUUUCAGAUUCUAGAAAGAAGAUAUCCAAAGGAGGUUCAGGAUCUUUAUGAAGCCAUGAGGCAUUUUGCAAGAAUACUAGGACCAAUGGAGCAUGACAAAUUCAUCGAAAGCAAUGCAUUGGAAUUCGAGCUUCGAAGGGAAAUCAAACGGCUACAGGAAUACAGGAUAGCCGGUAUCACUAAUUUUUGCAGUGCGAAAACAUACGACCGCCUCAAGAAAACCCGUGAAGAAGAGCGCCUGAAGCGCACCAUGCUUUCCGAGGUCCUUCAGUACAUUCAGGACAGCAGCGCCUGCCAGCAGUGGCUCAGCCGGCAAGCGGAUAUUGACUCAGGCCUGAAUCCCACAAUGCCAGUUAUGUCAAAUUCAGGAAGGAGGAAUGCCCCUCCACUGAACCUUACCGGCCUCCCAGGCACAGAGAAACUUAAUGAGAAGGAGAAAGAGCUCUGUCAGGUGGUACGAUUGGUCCCUGGAGCCUACUUAGAAUAUAAAGCUGCCUUAGUCAAUGAGUGUCACAAACAAGGAGGCCUGAGGCUGGCUCAGGCACGAGCCCUCAUCAAGAUCGAUGUAAACAAAACCAGAAAGAUCUACGAUUUCCUUAUCCGAGAAGAAUACAUCACCAAAGCCUAGCAGUGAAGCUGUUCGCGUUGGGCCAUUCUCUGUGUUAUCAGAAACUGUUUCUUUAAAUGUUGUCUUGGAACUGCGAAGAGCUCUGCAGGAAAGACGGAUUUCUCAUAACAUUUUCUCUCUUCACUCCACCAUGUAAACGUUUGUCAGCAUCAUGCCACUGUGAACUAUCAGAAAGAGUUGUGGGGAUGUAUAAGCUGUUAUUAAACAUGAGUGGGCAUUAGUUUCUCGCACCUCUUGUAACCAUAAAUGAGGGACUGUGGAGGAUUUUUGCUCAGUGCUGCAAAUGGCAUAAAUACAGAACUGCAACCCUUGAA